UGCUUUCAACUGGUUUCUUACCACUCUUUAUAUUUGGGAGAAUUUACAUUUGUAUAUUCUAUUAUCAAUUUGUGUAAAAACAAAUUGAUAUUUUUGAUUUUGGUAGAUCAGCUUCGUUUACUGCAACCACAUCUUCAGUGAAGCUCCUCCCACAACAACCACAUUAUCAGUUAAGCUCCACCCACUGCAGUUCACCAAUAAAUUCUGGAAUACUCGCAUCAGUUUACAAGUGAAGACGAGCGGAAAAUCAUCAGGAAGAGCUGAAAUCUGCAAAGACCGAGUUUAUUAAAGAGGACAAAGUGAAGAUGAGAGAUCCAGAGCUCUACAGAAUCCAACACACUGAAGAUACUGAACAACAAACAGGCCUCAUAGAAGAGAACGAGGAGAGUGAAGAACUGAGUGAAGUGGAGGAGGAACAUCAUGUCAAACCUGGAGAAAAACCUUCGAGUCAAUCGAAGACUAAAAAGACAUUUUUAAAGAAAAGUAGAGGCAAGAAAUCUUUCACGUGCACUCAGUGUGGAAAGAGUUUGACAACCAAACGUAUUCUUGAGUUUCACAUGAGAGUUCACACUGGAGAGAAACCGUUCGCCUGUGAUCAGUGCGGGAAGAGCUUUACACAAAAAGCACACCUUAAAGAGCACAUGAAGAUCCACACUGGAGAGAAGCCAUUCGAAUGUCAUGAAUGUGGAAAGAGAUUUUUUUGUAAAUCCCAUCUUGAACGUCACAUGAGAGUUCAUACUGGAGAGAAGCCGUUCACAUGUGAUCAGUGCGGGAACAGUUUCCCACAAAAACAAAAUCUGGAGCUUCACAUGAGGAUCCACACCGGAGAGAAGCCGUUCAUGUGCAAUCGGUGUGAAAAGAGAUUCUCAAACAAACAAUGUCUUGAGCUUCACAUGAGAGUUCAUACUGGAGAAAGGCCGCACACUUGUGAUCAGUGCGGGAAGAGCUUCAGACAGAAAACACACCUUAGGGGGCACAUGAGGAUCCACACCGGAGAGAAGCCGUAUGCCUGUGAUCAGUGUGGAAAGAGUUUCACGCAAUCAACACAUCUUAAAGGACACAUGAAAAUACACUCAGGAGAAAAGUCACAUGUGUGUGAACAGUGUGGAAAAUAUUUCAUAAACAAACAAUGUCUUAAUAUUCACAUGAGGAUCCACACCGGAGAGAAGCCGCACACUUGUCAUCAUUGCAGCAAAACAUUUCUUGCGGCAUCACAGCUGAAGACACACCUGGCAGUUCAUACGAAGGAGAAACCACAUUUAUGUUCUGUGUGUGGAAAGAGUUUUUCACUGCUGCAAAAUUUAAAAGGACAUCAGAAAACACAUACCGGUGUAAAAACUUAUAUGUGCUUUGAGUGUGGGAAAACUUUUACAUUUGCGAGCUGUUUAAAACAGCAUGAGAUGUUUCACACUGGAGAAAAACCCUACAAGUGUUCACACUGUGACAAGAGAUUCAGGCAGUCAACAAGUUGCAAAAAACAUGAGAGGAUCCACAGCAGAGAGAAGCUGCACACGUGUGAUCAAUGCGGAAAUGGUUUCGCUUUUAAAAGUCACUUAAAGAUGCACAAGAAGAUCCAUGCAGUGGAGAAACCAGAUCACCGCAGUCUGAAAUCACGUUUAAGGGAUACAACGAAGCUGGAGUAGGGAGGUCAAGAAACAGGAGAAGAAGGAACGUCGCAGACGGGCUCAAGAGAGAGCGGGAGGACCAAAAGAUCAUCUUCAAGAUGAAGGCAAUUCUGAGGUUGACUAGAAAGCAAGAAUCAACAAAUAAGAGAAUAAUGAAAUUGAUCAGAGAGAUGAUUGAAUUGUGAUUUUUCAGCUGAAUUACAAAGAUUGACAUAUUAUUUAGAGACGUGAAACUCCAGACUCCUGUUAUGAAAAUAUAAGUGUUGAAAGCUGUGUAAAAGUGUAUCCUAUGUCGAGAUCACAGACAAUGAUAACUUUCUAGGUCUAACUGCUAUACGGUUGCUUUGCUUAUUUUUGUAACAUAACGGUUAAAAGCAAGGGGAUGCAUUUUGCAAUUCGAAUGCAAAGUGGAACUUCUUGAUAACCGUGGCAUAAGAUGCUCUUAACACCUGCUAGAGGUGUUAUAUUGUGGUUUAGGCAUAUGUGCUUAUGUAUUGUUUAUGUUUGGGAAGGUGUUACAAUUUUUUCCUAUAGUUUAAAAUAGAAACAGACACGCUUGCUAUCUAGAGAUGUUAUAAUUUUUCCUUUUGAACUCUUGACACUGUCUUGUGCAGACUCUAUGAUAAAGGUCAUGCUUCCUGCCUGAAAGGGAGGAGUCAGUCACAAGCAGUGGAAGAGUUAUGGGAGGUUUUAGUGAGAUUAAUGCAAAUGAUAUGCAAGAAGUAUAUAAAUGCUUGUUAGACUAUUUGUCGAGGCCGACAUUUUGUGGUGAAGACUACUUGCUGUUAUUUUUGAUAUUUGCUUAUGAGUUAUUUGUUUUUUUAAUAAAACGAAACCAGUGUUUUGGUGAUUCAUUAACUUUUUAAAAGAAGUCUCUGAGUGAUUAAUUAAUAAUAACUAGUUAUCUGAACCUGAACACAACCUCAUCGAGCUCCAAGUGGUCCGGACUCGACUGAGCCAGGACGGUCACCUGAAGGAAAACGUCCAAAACUCCUAACAACAUCUAUCCAGACAAGAGGUAAUUAUGCAUUCGUUGUUUGCGAGGUAGUUAUGGAUGAUGAAGAUGUGAAUUAUGAGUUUUUGGACCUUUGAACCGGUAUAGAAACACAACAGCUUCAAAAGUUUCCCUUUAUUAUGAGGUUUUGAGUCAUAAUAAACUCUUUCCUCGCAAGUGGUUUUGAAAAAAAAAGUUGCCAGCCACCGCCAGCAUUUUUGAACUUUUUCACUAAAAUUUCAUGGCCCCCAGAAUAUUUCAUUGCAUGAAUAUCUGAACAUGCAACACAUUAAAAUAAAGAACUCUAGAUUUUUUAAAAUCGGUUUCAUUUUAGCUUCAAGAUUUUUUUUUUUUUAUUGACACUUGAAUAUAGAUAUAAUUUAAUAAAAUCAUAAUUUUGAUCAAAAAUGAGGAGAUGUUUUUUAACAAAUAAUACAUCUGGAUAAUAUUCAAUACAAUGAUCAAAGCAAAGAUACAGUAGAUUGCUUUCAUCAGCACCCCCAAAUCUUCACAGGCCUUUACCACUUCCUGGAUCCACAUUUCACUCUGUAACAUUAGACAUUUCAUUUAGCUGUAUGUCAUUUAUUGUUGAUGAUUGUAUUAUUUUUCAUAUGCAUCUGCUUACAUAAGAGAGAGUUCGUUUCUGCGUCUUCCUUAUUUGUGUUUUUGAUCGGGACGUUCUAGACUCAUUCAGGAGAUAUGUAAUAGCGCCCCAGAGCGUCUAACAAUGAGAACCUGGAAACCCGGAAAAUGCUCUGUUUGACGGGGAAAGAGUUAAGAGAAAGUAUCUCAUUAUUAUGGACAAUUAUCUCACAAUUACAAGAAAGUAUCUCAUUAUGAGAUAAAAGUCAUUAUUAUGAGAAAGCAUCUCAUUUUGAGAAAGUAUCUAAAAGUAUCGUAUUAUUGAGAUUUAAGUCGUUAUAAGAAAGUAUCAUAUUUAGUCAUUAUGAGAAAGUAUCUCAUUAUUAUAAUACAGUAUCUCUUUGUUACAAAACGUUCUCAUUAUAAUGAGACGUUAAAGUACCCCAUUGAAAGAUUUAUUUUCUGAAUAUUAUAAUACAUAACUCAAUAUUAUGAGAAGGUUUCUCAUUAUUCUGACUUAAACAUUUAUUAUACUGUUUACUAGGGGUGGGAAUCUUUCUGUACUGCACAAUUAGAUUCAUAUCGAUUUUUGGGGUCAUGAUUCAGUUAAAAAUCAAUUCACAAAUUUUCGCUUUUUAAUUACAAUUCACCAUUUUUCAUCAAUUUUUUUGUGCACACUAGACAUCAAAUGCACCAAUAUUUUAAUAAAAAAAAUAAAAAAAAACACUCCAGGCUAUGUGUGGGUAGUCCUGACUAAAGAAAUCAGUGUUUCCUAUUAACUUCCUAAUAAAUCAAUAAUAUUGAUCACGUCCUAAAAUAACAAGAGUUAGUGAUGUGACAUUUGAACCGAGGCAUCGGAGCUUGCAUCGAGUAUAAAUGGGUGUACACUCUUGUACACCCAUUCGACGCUUGUGUUGUUAAUGUCGAAAAAUAGUUGUCGAGCAGAUUUGAUGGGAUUGAAAUGACUCUUGAACUCAGUGUUCUUGAUUUUAGGCUUCACUUUCUCUCUCAUUUGAAAACUCACAUGAUUUAAUGUUUCUUUUAGACCUGAGAAAGGAAAACCAGAAGCCAAAAAAUCUGUCACCUGAGCCGACGAUUAAUCAAACUGUGCUGAGGAGUUCACACCUUCUCCAUAAUGUCCUUCUGACGUGGCUGAUCAUAUCUAAAUGAAUAUCUGAAAAUUCUUAAAUCAAGAAGGAUUUUCUAGACGAGUAAAAAUUAUUGUCUUGUUUUCAGAAAAAACAUGUCAAAAUUAAGUGAGUUUUUGCUUGAA